UCAGCGCGAGAAAUACGAAGGUCGCGUCGGCCAGUCUUCUCGCCAAGAUUACAACGCAGACAUGGCCCAGCAUGGACUCUCUCAAGAUCCACCCAGCAUUGAUGAGGGCCUCUACUCUAGGCAGCUCUAUGUGUUGGGACACGAGGCCAUGCAGCGAAUGGCCCGAUCUGAUGUGCUCAUCUGCGGGAUGCGGGGCCUCGGCAUUGAGAUCGCCAAGAAUAUCAUCCUCAGCGGAGUCAAGUCGGUCACCAUCUACGACCGGGGAAAUUGCACCUUGACUGACCUGUCUUCGCAGUACUACCUGAACGAUCACUGCCUUGGCGAGAACCGUGCCGAGGCCUGUGUAGCUUCGCUGGCCGAGCUUAACAACUACGUGACGGUGAUCGACCACACGGAGCCCUUAACCAACGACUUCUUGAAGCAAUUUCGUGUGGUGGUGCUCACGGACACUCCACUCAAGGAGCAGCUGUCCAUCUCGGCCUUCACGCAUGCCAACAACAUAGCCCUCAUCGUGGCCGACACGCGUGGCCUCUGUGGGCAGAUCUUUUGCGACUUUGGCCCGAGGUUUCGUGUGCUUGACACCAACGGAGAGCGGUCCAUCUCUGUCUUGCUUGCCUCCAUCAGCAAGGACAAAGAAUCAAUCGUGACGUGCUUGGACGAAGUGCGGCACGGUCUUGAGGAUGGUGACUUUGUCGCCUUCUCCGAAGUCAGUGGCAUGACUGAGAUCAACGAGUGCCUGCCCAUGAGAGUCAAAGUCCUCGGGCCGUACACUUUCAGCAUCGGAGACACAACUCGGUUCAAUGACUGUGGACGUGGUGGUAUCGCAACGCAGAUUAAGAUGCCAAAGGACGUCGAAUUUAAAUCACUAAAGGAGUCCUUAGCAGCACCUGUGUUCACAUCAUCAACCUUUGCCAACCCGGAUCGCCCAACCCUGUUGCACGUGGGAUUUCAGGCCCUGCACACUUUCGAGAAGAAGCACGCGCGUCUUCCACGUCCUUGGAACAAGGAAGAUGCAGCCGAAGUGGUCAGCUUGGCCAGAAAGAAGAAUGCCUCACUGUCCACUCCGCUGGCGAGCCUGGACGAGGCUUUCCUGUCCACCAUGGCCUACGUGUCGGCGGGCUCCCUCUGUCCCAUGCAAGCAGUCAUUGGAGGUAUUGCUGCCCAGGAGAUCAUGAAGGCAUGCAGCAGCAAGUUUAUGCCAAUCCAGCAGUGGUUCUACUUUGACGCGUUCGAGUGCCUACCCCAGUCAGGCAGUGUUUCGGAAGACACUGCCAACGCGUUGGCAAAAACACGAUAUGCAGCUCAAGCGUGUGUCUUUGGAGCUGACGUGCAGAAGAAGCUGGCAUCGCAGAAAUACUUCCUGGUUGGUGCCGGGGCCAUUGGCUGCGAACUGCUCAAGAACUUCGCCAUGAUGGGCCUGGGCUCCAAAGGUGGCUGCAUUUACGUCACAGAUAUGGACGUCAUCGAACGCUCCAACCUUAACCGGCAGUUCUUGUUCAGACCCUGGGACGUUGGUCAAUUGAAGUCGCGCAUUGCUGCUAGGGCUGUGCGCAAUAUGAACCCAGAUGUCGAGAUUUUGCCGCACUGCAACCGAGUUGGCCCGGACACCGAGCAUGUCUACACGGACGACUUCUUCAAGUCCCUCAAUGGAGUGGCCAACGCACUCGACAACCUUGAUUCGCGCACCUACGUGGACAUCCGGUGUGUCCAGCACGGUAAGCCGCUGCUGGAGUCGGGGACCCUGGGUACCAAGGGCAACGUCCAGGUGGUGGUUCCCCACCUGUCCGAGUCGUACUCGUCGUCACAUGACCCUCCCGACGAGAAGUCCAUCCCCAUGUGCACUCUUAAGCACUUUCCCAAUGCCAUCGAGCACACAUUGCAGUGGGCCCGUGAUGAAUUUGAGGGCCUGUUCAAGCAGAUGCCUGAAAAUGCACACAAGUACCUGGAAGAUCCCGCAUUUGUGGAGAAGACGUUAAAACUCCCAGGUGACCAACCAGCAGAGGUGUUCACGAACGUGAAGCAGCAGCUUGUGGAUGAGCGACCCACAUCUUUUGCUGACUGCGUGGCCUGGGCCAGACUGCACUUCGAAAGCCAGUACAGUAACCAGAUCCGGCAGUUGCUCCACAACUUUCCCAGAGACUACGAAUGUCAGCUCGGUCACACCGAGCUGGCAUUUUGCUGCAUUGACGACGAUGCCAUGUACAGAGAGACAUCGAAAAACGGUUCGCCGGUGUUCCUCGUGUUCAGAUGGAGUGGCGCCAACGAUAAGCAGAUCAUUCAGGAAACGGACGCCACCACUGCGUUCGGUGAUGAAGAACACUGA